AUGUUUAAUAUUAGUAUUAUUUCAAGAAUUCUUCGAAGCAGAGUUUCAUACUUCGUACAGUCAGCAUCUCUAUCAAAGGUGCCCGGUAAACCGACAUGGGAACCAAUUGAUCACAACAAGCUGCCACAGGUUCCAGAGAUUGAUCUGCAGCUAAUAGAACAACUAGAAAGGAUUUCGUUAGUUGAACUGAAUAAUGAGGAAGGUGUCAGACGUCUGCAGGCUGCUGUCAAAUCAGCAAGCUUGUUGCAUCUCAUCAACACAGAUGGUGUGGAGCCGUUAGAUUCUGUGCUAGAGGACAGAGAGCUGUGGCUCAGGGAAGACAAAGUCACAGAAGGAAACUGCUUGAAAGAAAUCCUGAGCAAUGCUUCAAGAGUGGAGGAGGACUAUUUUGUGGCCCCACCAGGGAAUAUACCAUUGAAGAAGCGAGACAAGGAUCACCUCAGUAAAGUUUUAAAUAAGCAGUCACAGAGUAAAGGCUUAGGGUGA